AUAGACAAAAUUAACCUCAUGUUGUAUUUCUUGUCAUUGCACUCCAGGCAACGUUAUAGAACAACAAUGUGGCUUUUGUCACUCACCUAUGGACUGGUAUGUUUCUCGCUCGUGUGGGGCAGGCCCCUGGAGCCUGAUCAAGACAUAUCUGUCCCUGAAGAGUGGACUCUUGUUGGCAGAGCAGACCCUGCCGAAGAGGUGGAGCUGACGUUUGCCCUGAGGCAGCAGAAUGUGGAUCAGAUGAAAGUUCUGCUGGAUAGGUUAUCGGACCCUGACUCAGCAGUAUAUGGGAAGUUCUUGGACUUGACUGAAGUGGCUGAAUUGGUCCAGCCGGGCAAGUUAACUCAGAAGGUAGUGGCCAGCUGGCUACAGAGUCACGGGGUGCACGAAUGUCGCACGGUCGUCACCCAGGACUUUCUGCAGUGUGUCAUGGCUGUUGAAGUUGCCGAAUCUCUACUUCCAGGCAGCAGGUUUCAUCACUACAGUAGGGAGGGCCAAUUCCUGUUGAGAUCCGUGUCUCAGUACUCUGUCCACGAGGAUGUAUCCCAGCAUCUGGAUUUUGUGGGCGGACUUCACCGCUUUCCACCCAAAACACAGGAGGUGGGUAAAUCCUGGAGCCAGAGAGGGCGAGUAGCAGGGAAGUUUCACCUGGGAGUGACCCCUGCUGUCAUUAGAGCUCGCUACAACAUGAGUGCCUCUGAUGUGGGCUCCGCGACCAAUAACAGCCAGGCUGUGGCACAGUUCCUGGAGCAGUUCUACCACCCAGCCGACCUGGCCGAGUUCAUGAGCAUGUUUGGGUCAGGAUUCGAACACCUCUCGGCAGUGGACCGUGUGGUGGGCACCCAGGGGGGUGGCAAGGCUGGUCUUGAGGCCAGCCUGGACAUUGAGUACAUUAUGAGCACAGGGGCCAAUAUCUCCACAUGGGUCUUCACCAAUCCAGGACGUCAUGAGUCUCAGGAGCCCUUCCUCCAGUGGAUGGUGCUGCUUAGCAACAUGACCUCGGUGCCCUGGGUCCACACCAUCAGCUACGGAGACGACGAGGACAGCCUGUCCAACGCCUAUAUGCAGCGCAUCAGCAAUGAGUUCAUGAAGGCUGGACUUCGGGGCAUUUCUAUGCUUUUUGCAUCAGGUGACAGUGGAGCUGGCUGUAGGCACCUGACUAAAGAGAAUUCUUUCAGGCCUAGUUUUCCUGCUUCAAGUCCCUAUGUGACCACUGUGGGUGGAACCUCAUUCAAGAACCCGUUCAAGCUCACCUAUGAGGUCACAGACUACAUCAGCGGAGGCGGCUUUAGCAAUGUGUUUGACAUGCCUGAUUACCAGGCCAGUGCUGUGAAGUCCUAUUUGAAUAGCAUGAAGGCUCUCCCUCCGAAGACGUACUUCAACACUAGUGGGCGGGCCUAUCCUGACAUCGCUGCUCUCUCAGACAACUACUGGAUCGUCUCCAACCGAGUGCCCAUUCCAUGGGUGUCUGGAACUUCGGCCUCUACACCAGUGGUUGGAGGAAUGCUGUCACUCAUUAAUGAUCAGCGCUUGUUGAAAGGUCUUCCUCCUCUGGGCUUCCUCAACCCACGCUUGUACAAGUUGCAGGGCAACGGCCUUUUUGAUGUGACUGAGGGAUGCCACAUGAGCUGCUGGGAUGACAAGGUGAGUGGACAAGGUUUCUGCGCUGCUCCGUCGUGGGACCCCGUCACAGGUUGGGGAACCCCCAACUAUCCAGCGUUGCUGGCCUUACUGCUGGAUUAACUGACACACCACCACUACCACCUCACCACCAGAGCUCUAUCAAGCCCUCCUCUGUGUGCCCAUCUCCCCCAGCGUCGACAUCGCUGGACGGACCAGUCCACUGACCGAUAAGUCCGACUAGCUCUCCAGUUCCCCUCAGAAAGAAAAUCACUGAGUCAGAUGUUACUUAUGAUUAGGGUUGCAAAGGGGCGGAAAAAUAGGAAAUAGGAAACUUUCCAUGGGAAGUUAAACUGGGGAAUUUUGGAAAUAUUCCAAAUUGGAAACUUUCAUGGAAUUAAUGAAAAUGAUGGGAAUUUACGGGAAUUAACUGGGCCUUUUUGGCAAUACCUACUGUUUUAAUAUACAGACAUUAACAUUUUGUUUCGUAAUAAGCAAUAUGAUUUGUUCGUGUUUUCGCUUAGCUUAGCAUACAAAGCUAGCUACCAUGCUAGCGGGAAUCCCAUUCUCUGCCGAUGGUUUACUAGCGUGCUAAGAUAGCAACACAGAAACCACUGCACUGCCCAAGAUGCACAACAACAAAAUCCAAUUGGCUGGAACAUUGACUAUCAGUUUGUUCCAUAGACUGUAUAUAUAGAAUUCUAUAUAUACAGUCUAUGGUUUGUUCAGUCAGAAUCCCAGAAAAUGUUAAAACAAAUAAAAAUACAAUGACACAACAUACCACCCCAACCAAACCUUAUAGUUUAUGUAAGUUAUAUAUAAAUUGUCAAGCUUAAUCAGACAGAUUAAUCGUCCCAUAACAGUUUAUGCAAAAUAACGUACACCCAUUUGAAUGAGGACAAAAGUGACGACAAGCCCAUUACUGGGCAACAAUGUUUGCAAACGUCGCCCAGUUUCACACCAAUUUGUGGGAAUACAUGAGAUGACAUUUUCACUGUGAAUUGAUUUUCCCCAUGCACAUGGGAUUGAUGUAUGUGCAGGGUAGAAAUUUGACUGAAAUUGCAUUAAAUCAGGUUGUUUUAACUAAUAUUAUGUAACUAUAU